CAAGAUUACACUAUUUCAUGGAGGCAAUCCCUCAGGACUUAUUUGACAUGGGAGCUGAAAGUUCGUUGGAUGAGGCUGCUUCUUCUUCACAGGAGUUCAGAGUUGAUGCUUUGCAGAAUGUUGUACCAGUUGAUAACAGUGACAUUCAAUGGUCACGGGAGGAUGUCGAUGAAAUACUAGUUGACAACCCUGAAGACAUUGCUAUGCAUGAUGAUCGUGCUCCAACUGAGGCUGAAGUGACGGAGAAUGAACACUCAGGUGAAGCUGAAAUGAUGGAGCAUGUACAUAAACACUCAAGAGAAGCUGAAAUGUCAGAUGAUGAAGACAGAUUCUCAAGUGAAGAAGAACCUGCAGAUGAUAUAGAUGAAUACUGUGACUGGUUAGUUAAUCAUUACACACUCAAACUUUGAUGCUUAAUUGUAGAAAUUGAAAUGCCACCAAUUAAAUGGGCUGAUACUUUUUUUGUCAUACAGAUGUGUUCGAGGAUUCAGAGAGUGCAAGGACUACAAGCAAGCUCCUGAGGUAACCUAGUUAACCAACUACCAUUGGUGCUGUUUCUCUUUUAUUGAUAAUGACUAUGGAGUAAGGGCUAACCUAGUUAACCAACUAACAUCCUACUGCCUGCAUGAAAAAUGGUAUCUAAUAAUAUACAGAAUGAACAUUUUGGGUGACACCGACCAUUAAUAAAUAAGGAUUCCACGU